UACUUUUCUAAUGACAUAAACCUAGCAGUCAAAUAGCACCCACUCAAUGCUAUUUGAUACUCUCAAAAAGACCAGGAGUCACUAUAGAAUUCUUGAUCAUAGUCAUCAUGGCUGUCUUCAUGUUCACAAGUAAGAUGGUGUAAAUAAACACAAGCUUAUGCUUUGAAAUUGCCAGAUGUUUGUUGUGUUUGAAUGUGAAGAUACUUGACCUCAGCAGGGUCAUCUGGGAAGAGAAAGCCAUCUUCAUCCACCAAUAACUUGCUUUCUGGUCUUUUUAGCAAUUGCUUAUAUGUUGUGGCAAUAGUACCACAUGCAGCUCAGGCCCAUCCAUGAACUGUCAAUAACUGUCCAGCCAUUAUAUAAUCACCAUUAGCAUGUGACUCCACCUUCUAUUUUCCAAGUUCAGGUAGAAAUGAGUAGCCAUUUUUAGUCUGGAUUCAGAUAGCUCUAGUUCAUUUUUUACCUCUCAAGAUAGUAUGUGAGUACUGUUAAUGCCAUCUCUCCUUCUAGAGUUUUAAAUAAAUUGGUUAGUGCAUAAUUAGGCAUUAGACAUUUUGGUUUUGCUGAAAUAGCACUGGAAAUACCAAGCACAGCUCAUGCAGCUGGGAAAGAAUUGGUAAGUGGAUUUCUUUUUCCUGCCAUGCCCUAGCUUGCUUAGGAUGUAAAGUUAGCGUUUUCAUAGAUUAUCAUAAGUCCUCAUUAGGAAAUGGAGGGAAUUUAUGAUAGGAUAUAUUGUCAAAUUCCUCACCCUAUGAUUCAGGGACAUUCUUAGGAAAUGGAGGAUAGGUAUUUAAAGGAGGUUCCAAUAAGGGAGCUGAGGGAACUGUCACCACCUUGUAACUGGUGCUGUUUUUACUUGACCUAUGUUAUCUUUUUAGUUUUAAUAAUACUAAUUGGCAUAUUCUGCUCAUUGAUUAUGAGGCUCUGCUCUCAGGAAUGUAAAAUGAUAUAGAGAGGAACUGUAGGAGAAAAUGCAGGAAUGUCCUGGUGGUCAGUCUAUCUUGUACACUGCACUUCUAAAUAACAAGCAUGGCCCACCAUGCUCCUGAAUAUUCCCCAAAGUCAGAACAUUGAAUUAUAAAGUAGCAUGGGUAGUCAGUAGCUGGCCUGCUGACCUGUCUACACUCUCCACGUCGUCUUUUAUGUGCUACUUCUGCAUAGAGAUCUGGUGGGUUGUAUGACUGCUCACUUUUCAACCCAAGGUGAUGUGCUAACCAAUUAUAGUCAAUAGACUUCCACUGUAUAAGUAGUUGCUCAUGUGAAGUAAAGUACAUGAUGUUCCAUGAAACCAUCCCUGGAGUGGUUCUUCUCUAUGUCCUUUACUGACCCAUGGGCAUUGUGGCCUUGUUGGGGGACACACAGGUAAUAACUGUAACAGCAACUUGGCACCAAACAUGGGGGAUUUGUUUUUUCUUUUUUCUUUCAGGAAGGGUCUUACUAAUUCAUCCUUGCUUGCCUGAAACUUAUGAUGUAAAGCAGGUUCAUCUAUGCCUCCCCAGUGCUAAUAUUAAAAGUGUAUGUCACUGUGCCCAGCCUCAGUGUUUACUAUUAAAAUGUCGCUACCUGGAGGAUGGCGCUUGGAUGCAGUGACCUAUGAGGAUGUGCAUGUGAACUUCACUCAGGAAGAGUGGGCUUUGCUGGAUUCUUCCCAGAAGAGUCUCUACAAAGAUGUGAUGCUGGAAACCUAUGAAAACCUCAUUUCUGUAGGCUACAAAUGGGAAGACCAGAAUAUUGAAGAACAUUGUCAAAGUUCUAGAAGACAUGGAAGGUAUAUCACCUGUCAUUCUAGAUAUAAGCCAUGUGAGCAUAAGGGAUAUGGAAAGAAGCAAUGUACCUCUCUCUCUCCCAGAAAAAUUGGAAGAUAUGUAGUAUUUCCAACUAUGAGAAGACAUGGUGAUCGUGAUUUAAGUGUACAAUUAAUUGGAUUUCCAAUUAAUUCAUUGGAAAUAUAUCAACAUACUUACACUGGGGGAAAACCUUAUGAGGACAAGGAAUAUGGAAAUUCUUCAACCUGUCCUGGUUCAGAUUGCACAUGUAAUGUGACUCACACUUCAGGAAAAUGUUUUGAAUGUGAUCAUUGUAAAGCUCUGAGUUUUUCUAGUUCUCUUCAAAGAGGAGAAAUAACUCACAUAGGGAAAGGAUGCUGUAAAUGUGAGCCAUGUACUAAAGACUUGAACUGUCACAGGUAUAUUCAAACAUGUAGAAGAUCUGGUAAUGAAGAGGAACCCUAUGAAUGUAAACAAUGGGAUAAAACAUUUAGAUCUGAUUCCUCUUUACAUUUGCAUGAAAGAAUUCCUUUGAAAAUAAAACACUAUGAAUAUAAUCAAGGUGAUAAAGCCUUUGCAUAUCAUAGUAAUCUUCAAAUACAUAAAAGAACACAUACUGGAGAGAAACUUUAUGAAUGUAAUCAAUGUGAUAAAGCCUUUGCAUAUCAUAGUCAUCUUCAGAAUGGAUGUCAUCAGUGUGGAAAGGCCUUUCAAUGUCACAAUUACCUUCAAACACAUGAAACAACUCAUACUGGAGAGAAACCCUGUGAAUGUAAUCAAUUUGGCAAAGCCAUUGCAAGUACUGGUGAUUUUUACAGGGAUGAAAGAAUUCAUACGGGCAGGAAACUGUAUCAGUGUAAUCAAUGUGGUAAAGCCUUUGCACAGAAGAGUAAUCUUCUCAGGCAUGAAAGAAGUCAUACUGGAGAGAAACCCUAUGUUUGUUAUCAGUGUGGUAAAGCCUUUGCAGAUAACAGCAGUCUUCACAAGCAUGAAAGAAAUCAUACUGGAGAGAAACCCUAUGAAUGUAAUCAAUGUGGUAAAGCCUUUGCAAAUUCCAGUAAUCUUAAACAACAUGUAAGAAAUCAUACUGGAGAGAAGCCCUAUGAAUGUAAUCAAUGUGGUAAAGCCUUUGCAUAUCCUAGUAGUAUUCAAAGGCAUGAAAGAAGUCAUACUGGAGAGAAACCCUAUGAAUGUAAUCAAUGUGGUAAAGCCUUUGCACAAAAGAUUAAUCUUCACAAGCAUGAAAGAAGUCAUACUGGAGAGAAACCCUAUGUUUGUAAUCAAUGUGAUAAAGCCUUUGCAGAUAGCAGUACUCUUCAAAAGCAUGUACGAAGUCAUACUGGAGAGAAACCAUAUUUAUGUAAUCUAUGUGGUAAAGCCUUUGCACAGAAGUGUCAUCUUCUCAGUCAUGAAAAAAUUCAUACUGGAGAGAAACCCUAUGAAUGUAAUCAAUGUGGUAAAGCCUUUGCUGAGAAAAGUCAUCUUCACAGGCAUGAAAGAAGUCACACUGGGGAGAAUUCCUAUGAAUGUAGUCAAUGUGGUAAAGCUUUUGCAUAUAACAGUCAUCUUCACAGGCAUGAAAGAAUACAUACUAGAGAAAAAUCCCAUGAACAUAAGAGGUAAAACCUUGUACAUCAGGCAGAGACAAAAUCAUUUUGGAGAUGCCAGUACCAUGGAGUGUCCACCAAGACCAUCAGCAGUGGUAAAGUGGAACCAGUAAGAGCCUAGAAGCAAAGUUGUGGGAACUGCCAAGGGUGGAGCCAGAGAAGCCCUGAAGAUUGGGAGUGGAUUCCAGUCAUUAGUAGUGGAGUUAUUUAUACUGAGUUUUUUUUUCCUUCUUUCAGAUGUGACUGACCUAAUUCAUCCCUUUUGAAGAGAGAAGGUAUUUAACUUAAUUUUGAUAUUUUUACAAAAGCCAUAGUUGAAAGACUUUGAACUUUUAAAAGAGAUUUUGGAUUUAUUGUGAGAUUGAAUAUUUUUAAGGAAAAAAUUUUAAUGUGU